AUGGAGUUUGGCGGUGGCUCCGGUGGAGACCACGAUGGCUCAGACUCUCAUAGAAGGAAGAAGCGCUACCAUCGUCACACUUCUAACCAGAUUCAGAGGCUUGAAGCGAUGUUCAAAGACUGCCCUCACCCGGAUGAAAAGCAAAGGUUGCAGUUGAGCAGAGAACUGGGCUUGGCUCCUCGCCAGAUCAAAUUUUGGUUCCAAAACCGGAGAACCCAGAUGAAGGCCCAACAUGAAAGAGCUGAUAACUCUGUGCUUCGAUCAGAGAACGACAAGAUCCGAUGUGAGAACAUUGCCAUCCGAGAGGCACUCAAAAAUGUGAUUUGCCCAUCUUGUGGUGUCCCUCCCAUUAAUGAAGAUAAUUAUUUUGAUGAACACAAAUUGAGAAUGGAGAACGCUCAGUUGAAAGAAGAGCUAGAUAGAGUAUCUAGUAUUGCUGCCAAGUACAUAGGGAGGCCCAUUUCUCAGCUCCCACCAGUUCAGCCUAUUCAUAUAUCUUCUCUGGAUUUAUCAAUGGCAAGUUUUGGGGGGCAUGGCAUGGGUGGUCCUUCUCUUGAUCUUGAUCUUCUUCCGGGGAGUACUUCAUCUACAAUGCCUAGUUUGCCUUACCAGCCGAUUGGCAUUUCGGACAUGGACAAGUCCCUCAUGACAGAUAUUGCUGCAAAUGCAAUGGAAGAGUUGCUUAGGCUUUUGCAGACUAAUGAUCCACUAUGGAUGAAGUCAUCCACCGAUGGCAAGGAUGUUCUUAAUCUUGAAAGCUAUGAUAGGAUUUUCCCCAGGGCUACUACUCAUUUGAAAAAUCCCAAUCUUAGAAUUGAAGCAUCUAGAGCUUCUGGUGUGGUAAUCAUGAAUGGCUUAGCAUUAGUCGACAUGAUUAUGGACCCGAACAAAUUUGGGGAACUAUUUCCGACAAUUGUAUCAAUGGCUAGAACAAUUGAAGUGAUAUCGUCUGGAAUGUUAGGUAGUCACAGUGGCACUCUGCAGCUGAUGUACAAAGAGUUGCAGCUGCUUUCUCCAUUAGUACCAACUCGAGAGUUCUACUUCCUUCGUUAUUGUCAUCAAAUUGAGCAAGGCCAUUGGGCAAUUGUUGAUGUUUCUUAUGAUUUUCCACGAGAUAACCAGUUUGCAAAUCAAUCUCGAUCUCAUAGGCUUCCUUCUGGAUGCUUGAUUCAAGACAUGCCUAAUGGAUAUUCCAAGGUUACUUGGGUGGAACAUGUUGAAAUAGAAGAGAAAGCCCCAAUUCAUCGACUUUAUAGAGAUCUAAUUCACAGUGGACAAGCAUUUGGAGCUGAACGUUGGCUUGUUGCUCUUCAGAGAAUGUGCGAAAGAUAUGCAUGCCUAAUGGUUUCAGGCACUUCUACUAGAGAUCUUGAAGGAGUGAUCCCGUCACCUGAAGGCAAGAGAAGCAUGAUGAAACUUGCCCAAAGGAUGGUCAACAACUUCUGUGCAAGCAUUAGCACAUCUAAUGGCCAUCGGUGGACCACAAUUUCUGGUAUGAACGAGGUUGGAGUGCGAGUAACCAUCCAUAAGAGCACGGAUCCUGGUCAACCCAAUGGUGUGGUUCUUAGUGCAGCUACUACCAUUUGGCUCCCACUAUCUCCACAAACUGUCUUCAAUUUCUUCAAGGAUGAAAGAACUCGACCUCAGUGGGAUGUCCUUUCCAAUGGCAAUGCAGUGCAAGAAGUUGCCCAUAUAGCAAAUGGUUCUCAUCCAGGGAACUGCAUAUCUGUUCUUCGAGCCUUCAACACUAGCCAGAACAACAUGUUGAUACUCCAGGAGAGUUGCAUAGACUCAUCAGGGUCUCUAGUUGUGUACUGCCCCGUUGAUCUUCCAGCCAUCAACAUCGCAAUGAGCGGCGAGGAUCCUUCAUACAUUCCUCUGCUGCCAUCAGGAUUCACCAUUACACCUGAUGGGCGGCAAGACCAAGGGGACACAUCUGCAUCGACAAGUAGUUGUUCUAACAUAAACCACAUAGGAGGCAGUGGCUCACUGAUUACAGUGGCAUUUCAAAUUCUUGUGAGCAGCUUGCCCUCGGCAAAGUUGAACAUGGAGUCGGUGAAUACAGUGAACAACCUUAUUGGCACCACCGUGCAGCAAAUAAAGUCUGCCUUGAAUUGUAGUAGUUCCUGAUCGAGUCCUGAGACAUCAGUACGUAUCAGCGAUAUCAUGAAUAUCUGCUAAAGCCCCGCUAGCUUUCUUCUGCUGCAACUGCAUGCAUAUGCUGCAAUCCUUAAUUACAUGUGGUGAUGGAUGAGAGGGAGAUAGUGUUUGAGUAGUGU